CAGAAGAGCGCACAACGUUGGUGGCAAAGAAGGGGUUCGUCAUACCAAAGAAACGAGAGGUUACUGGACGAAAAAAAAAAAAAAAAAAUGGCUACGAAUUUUUACGACCUCACGGCCAAACUGUUGACCGGAGAGACGUUUAAUUUCUCGUCCCUGAAGGGCAAAGUCGUCCUCAUUGAGAAUGUUGCUUCGCUCUGAGGUACGACCGUCAGGGAUUACACCCAGAUGAACGAGCUCCACGAGCGGUACGCCAGCGAGGGGCUUGUUAUCCUGGGAGUACCCUGCAACCAGUUCGGCCAUCAGGAGAACUGCAAGAACGAAGAAAUCCUGCUGUCGCUGAAGUAUGUCCGUCCUGGAAACGGCUUCGAGCCCAAGUUUCAGCUCUUUGAGAAGGUGGACGUGAACGGGAAGGACGCCCAUCCCUUGUUUGCGUUCCUGAGGGAAAAGCUCCCAACACCCAGCGAUGAUGCGACAUCCCUGAUGACCGACCCCAAGUUGAUCAUCUGGAGCCCGGUGUGCAGGAACGACGUGUCCUGGAACUUCGAGAAGUUCCUCAUCGGGCCGGACGGAGUCCCGUUCAAGCGUUACAGCCGAAAGUUCCUCACCAUCGACAUCGAGGGAGACAUCAAGAAGCUCCUCAGCCAGACAAAUUAACAAAUCGUCCUAAAUGCUGAACCGUCCUGCAGCUUAGCGCUAUGCCGGUGUGUGUACAGCCCUUUAUAAAGGAGGAAACACCACCGCGCUGAGUUUCCCUCCAUAGCUUCAAUAGAUGGCACUUAAACUGUGCUCUCCUGUACGCAGUAGCUGUGUUGUGCUCUUUUACUAUAUGAAGGAAUCCUCUAAAACCAAACUGUGAGGAGGGUAUCUGAUGGAAUGUAAAAGGUACAACUUUUAAUGGCUGCACUGGGUGCAUGUAAAGCACAGCUGUGAUGUGUGUAAAGAGGACCAAUAAAUGUAUCUUUUUUGCAAACAUU